AUGUAUUUUAAUAAUCAAUCUCCGACAAGAAACAGCAAUUAUUAUGGAAAGAAGUAUAACAAUUCUCCCAGCCGAUCGGCUACUCAAGGCGGAUCGUAUGGAUCCUACUAUUCACAACAAGCAUCAUCGUAUCCUUAUAUGAUGACUUAUCAACAAGGAUACUCAUCAAAUCCAUAUUCUGCAAGAACGACCUCAUCAAAUGGUAUGGAUUGGAUUCAACUCAGUUCAGUUGAGACAUCAGAAGACAACCGAGUGGUCGUGGCUGACAAUUAUGAUGAAUGCAUUUGGACUGGAUCAUCUAAUGGUAGAAUCACUGGAUAUCAUUACCCUUCAAUGGACAAGUAUUGCUCUUUUCGUGCUUUUGAGCCAAAUUACGAUAUCAAACAAAUGAUUAUUCAAAAAGAACGAAUUUAUUCACUCUCAUCCAAUGGAUUUUCUGUUCAUUCUAGAGGUGGCCUCCAUAGAUAUAGUUAUGACGAUUCUGAACUUUUUGGAGAUCAAUUAUUGACAUUUACGUUUCACUCUGAAUACACACCUGGUGGAAAUUCACAGGGUAGUCGAUCACAAUACUCAUUGAUCAUGGGAGGAAACUUUACAAAAUUAUUUAGCUUUGAUCUAAAUGCUCAAAAAAUAGCUAUGCAAGUGGAAACAAACCAAGGAAUAUGUGUCAUGAAAACUGGAGGCAGAUAUGUUUGCUGUGGAGGAACAUUGGGCGAGUUGUCAUUACGAGAUCCGAGAAGUUUGAAAAGCGAACACUCGUUUGAGGUUCAUACUGGUACCAUUAGUGACAUUGCUAUUAAGGAUAAUGUCUUGGUCACAUGUGGAUUCAAUAACAGAUAUGGAGAAUUGACUGUCGACAACAUGGUCAAAGCAUACGAUUUAAGAACGUUGAGAAUGUUAGGACAAGUACAUUUUCCAUUAGAUCCUACGUUUUUAGGAUUUCAUCCGCGUGUCAGUUCCAUGUUGCUCAUAGUGUCACAAACAGGCUGUUUCCAAUUUAAGGACUUACAAGCUGCCUUUAACCAUCAAUACCAAAACAGCGAUAGUCAACUUUAUCAAAUAAGUCUCGAUCAAAAUGACAGCAAUCCAUCAAGUAUACAAUCAUUUGACAUUAGCUCUACAGGAAAUAUCAUUACAUUUGGAGAUCAAAACGGAUUACUACAUUUCUGGUCAAGCCAAAGCGCCUUGGAUACGUACAACCAAGAGGAAUACAAACCUCUCAAUGCUCAUCGAUUAAUUGACGACGAAGAGAUAUCUAAUGAUGGUACUACACUUCUCUCUGAUUGGCCCAACUAUUCAUACCUAGUGGGUCAACAUCCCCUCGAAAUUCACCCACAAAUAUUAGAAAAUUUAGAAUACAAGAAAUCAUCACUGCCUGCUAAAAUGACCUAUGGAAUCAGUAUUAAUCCUGGAUUAAAACGUGUCAUUGAUGGAUAUUUGGAGCGAAAGACUUUCAGAGAUUUCAUUGUUACCGAGGAGAGUGGGGAAAAAAAGAAAAAAAAGACUUCCAGAGUCCUGAAGGUUAUUCCAAAAGAAUUUUCUCUCAAUGUCGUUAAGAACAACAAUCGAUUACGUUUUCAGGAAUUUGAUUUUUCCAAGUACAACGACACCAAAUUUGUGGGACUGGAAAACGGAUUGGAAAUUGCUUCCAUACUCAACGCCUAUAUUCAAGUGCUCUAUCAUAUUGUUCCACAAUUGAGAACAUGUAUCAUGAACUUUCUCUCUGAAAAGCCCAAUUGCAUUUCGUCUGAGCUUGGUUUUCUCUUUACCAUGAUUGAGCAGGCAGAAAAAGCAGAAAAGAAAACUGUGGAAGCCACCAAUUUUUGUCGAUUGAUACAAAAUUUAGAUUUAUCCUUCUUGUGUGAAAAAAGUAACAAGCAAAAGUUGUCACCUGUGGAUGCCAUUCAGAAAUUCAAUUCAUUUAUGAUGAAACAACUUCAGAAAGAAAUGUCGGCUAUAACAUUUAGUUAUUCCAUGACAUAUCCAUAUAUCUUUGCAUCUCCAAACUACAACUUGAAAGGACCCAAUAGCAAGAAGCAGGUUAUUGCUACCAACAAUAGCAAUAUUCAAUUACUGAAGAAGCAAAAUAAGAGAAGACAAAGAACCAUGAUUGACAUUCUAUUUGGGGCCGAGAUUCAAUCAUACAAGUACAUCGAUACCUCUUUUGAUAACAAAUUGAAAAGCAUUAAUCCUCAAUAUCCAUAUGACACUUUUGAAGACAUGCUCAAAGACUAUUUGAACAAUCCCUCAAAUAAUUUACUUACUCUUCCCAACAUUUUCAAUUUUACUGUACCAACAAGAGACGAAGAUAUUAGAUGGUUAAGAUCUCAACACAACAAUAAUGAACUCACCAAUACGACCAUUCCAUUACACUUCACAAUUAUUCAAACUUCUGACAAGUCGCAAUGGGAGCCCUUUAUCUUUAAUGACGAAAAACAAAAGCAACAACAAGAAUUGUAUCACAACAUUCAACCAGCUGAAUACUAUCUGAAACAGAAAAGACGACCCCCAAUGUCAAUUACCUAUAAUUUAACAGCUGUCAUUAUUCAAGUAAGACAUCCAUUUCAAGAAAAGGCUGUUAACACUAAAUCUCAAGCAUCCACAAAGGCCACUGAUGACAAUGGAAAAGAUGUGUAUGACACCAUUGAAAAUGCAUGUGAAAAUGGUGCUGAACUCUCUGAUGAAGAUGAAACUGAAGAUGAGAACGACAAUUUAUCCAAGAACUUUGAUGGUCAUUGUGUAGCCUUGAUCAAAAUUGCAAAUGAGUGGAUUUUGUUUAACGAUUUUUCUAUAAGUACGCAAAAAGAAAAAGACGUCACCAUUUACAGCCAAACUUGGAAAACUCCAGCUCUGUUGUUCUAUGUUCGACAGGAUAUUCAAAACGUCCUUCCUACUGUGCUGUAUUCCAAUCCAAUUACUUCAAAUUUAGAAUUAUUUAACUCUCCAGAGUUUAAGAGUGUUGUCAAUUUUAAUGGUGACAUUGUGUCCAUCGAUGCUGAAUUUGUAUUAUCCAAGAAAGAACAUCAAAUUGAUGACGGGCAGAGAUUUGCAUUAGGCAGAGUGAGUGUAAUCUCUAUGGAUGAACAAGUUAUUUUUGAUGACUAUAUUGCUACAUCGGAAAAAUAUAUUGAAGACUACAUGACUCGAUUCUCUGGACUAAAACCUGGAGAUUUGGAUAUUCACAAUACCUCAAAUUUACACCACGUCACUGAGCUCAAAUACACAUAUCUCAAACUAAGAUAUCUUCUAGAUGUGAAGAAGGUGAAAUUUAUUGGACAUGGCUUACCGAAUGAUUUCAAAAUUAUUAAUAUUUUUGUUCCAAAAGAGCAAAUUAUUGAUACUGUAGAAUUAUUUAGACUACCCAAUCAACGAAAAAUAUCUCUACGGUUCCUAUGUAAAUAUUUAUUGAACCAAGACAUCCAACAAGACACACAUGACAGCGUUGAAGAUGCUAGAACUGCUCUCCGUCUCUAUAAGAAAUAUAUAGAGCUUAAGGAAAAACAUUCCUUUACUUCCACUCUUCAAGAUAUUUAUAACAUUGGACGCCAAACCAAUUGGCAAUAA